CGUCCAGUACCCCUUGCCAUGAGGUUUAUGAUUAUGGGUUGCCACAAAACUUUCUUCCUUUUCUUCUUCAUUUGCUUCCUCUGUUUUUCUACUGCUGAAGCUCAAACUUUUUAUCUUGAACACGCUUGUUCUACUGACGGAAACUUCACUGCUAAUAGUGCCUAUCAAUCGGACCUCACCACCCUUUUCUCCUCAUUAACCUCCAAUGCCGUUACCAACGCCGAGUUCUACAACACCACCGUAGCCAAGGGCGGCGACACUGUAUACGGCCUCUUCAUGUGUCGUGGUGACGUCACCCUCCAGUUGUGCCACGAAUGCGUCGUUGACGCGAGCCAGCGAAUCCGUUCCGAGUGCAGGUUCUCGAAGGAGGCCAUAAUCUGGUACCACCAGUGCUUGCUUCGCAAUUCCAACUACUCCUUCUUCUCCACAGUCGACACAAGCAUCAGAAACGGUUACUACAACACCGCAAAUAUGACCAACCAGGAAAGGUUCAUGAGAUUAUUGUUCGAUGUUAUGAACAAGACAGCGGCUGAGGCGGCGAAACCUGCUGUCGGGAAAAAGAAGUAUGAGACGACACGAGUGAAUAAUAUUUCGGGGUCUCAAACUUUGUAUUGUGUAGCUCAGUGCACGCCGGACCUUUCACCCCAAGAUUGCAGAAAGUGUCUCAGUGUUGCAAUUGGGAACCUUACAUGGUGUUGUCAGGGCAGUGAAGGAGGAAGGAUUCUAUUUCCCAGUUGCAUCAUUCGUUAUGAAUUGUAUCCCUUCUAUCGUUCUCUGGAUCAACAAGUGGUGCCGGCGCCGGCGCCAGCUCCCGCUGCACUUCCUCCCACAGCUUCUUCAUCAUAUCCCCAAGGUAAAGGUCAUGCAUUGCAUCUGCAAUUGAAAGGCUGACAACUUCUUUUUCUUCAUUCAAAGCUGAGGUAAUUUCUUUGUCAUACUUCUAUUUCUCUGUUUUUUUCCUUUCUCAUUUUCUUACAUUUUCAUUCCCAUUGAUUGUAAUGCUUAGCUCUAGCUAGUGACCAUCAGGGAUGGAGAACGAACAAUCAAGUGAGAAGGGGUUAAAACCAAAAAGUGUGUGUUUUGGCAUAUAGUAUUCUUGCCUUUAAAUUUAUGUAAUGCUGAAAAUGAACAAUUAACUGUCAAGCUUUUUGUCCUCCUUGCUACAGCUAAAAAUUAAUUAUAUGCUUCUAAUUAUAUUAUAUUCAUGUCUACUUAAUCAUAGCUUUUCCUUUUUUGAUUAAUUAUAUUCACCAUAUGCUUCUAACUUGAUUUCUUUCUUUCUUUGUUCUUUUCUUUUUUGUAGUCCUUUGAAGUACAUUGUUACAAAUUUUGCAGCUUCACAUAACUUCAUUAUUGUCAAGUAAGCCUAAUUAAUUAAGUUACCAAAUCACAUAUGCAAGCAAUUUUUCAGUGUUUUAAAUAAGGUCAUUGGAUUAUACACUUUUGCUAUGAAAUUUCAUAUUCAUAGUUCUACAUGUGUGCCAUUUGAUGUGCAAAAUUUUCUGAUAAAAUAAAUGUAAACAAAAAGAUUGUAGGAAAGCCUAUUACUUUCAUAGUCGCCAGAAAAAACAUUAAUAAUUUCAUUAUUCUUGAUUGGUUGGACUUAACGAUAAUUCAACUUUUUAUUAUGUAAUUAUUUAUUUUUAUUUCUAAGUUAAUAUUUAAUAUUUUUAUUUUAUUGCUAACAUAUUUCUUAUUAGCAAAAGUACCUUUACAAGAGAUGCACCAAACUCAGUGUUAAUGAUAAUUAUAAAUGUCUUAAAAGUUAGAUUUUAAUUGUUGUCUUUUCUACAUUAUAUUAUCAUGUACACCACUAUGGAAUGCUUUGAUGGCCGUGGAGGAUGUGUCAUAUGCAUUGGCCAUGAUAGAACGUAUCUUUGGCUAAGAUGAGUGGCCUCUAUGCCAUAAGCUACAGCAAAUAUGCUCAGAAUUGUUGAAGUGACUGUUUUGCCUCUUUUUCAUAUAUUUUAAUUCUUAACUACUUUGUCAAGCUUCUGUACCUUGUGUACUAUGAUUUUUUAUGUUUUCAAGGGCCUUAACUUAUGGUUUUCAAACUUGGUUCCUCUCAAAUAUUAUUUAUGAACAAGCUUUGGAGUUUCAAAUGACCAAAGUUGAUCAUAUCUUCUUUUGGUCUCUUCCUUAAUUUAAUUAAUUGGUUUAAGUGUUAUGGUUAUGUGUAGAUAAUGAUGGGGGUUAUUACCGAUAGGGUGAAUGAGUCACAAUUCAGGAAAAUACAAAUCCUCGUUCUAUUUUAACAAUAAGCAAUUCUUUAUUUAACAAGUCUAGAAGAUAGCUACUUUUUUUUUUAGAAAAAUAAGUGUUGUAAUAUAGUGAAAAUGUUACCA